AUGUGUUAUGAUGAUGAGGAAACUUGCAUGAAGGAAUGCUUUUUCACAUGUCAUUCAACUGAUCAUUGUAAUGAUUCACUGUCACCAAAAGUUGCAUGUUUUCCUCACUUAAGUUUGAUAGUAUUGAUGACAUUUGCAUUUAUCUUAUUUGUUGUGUGCUGUUGCUGUUGUAUUUGUAUAGUUGGUCCAGUUUUAUUGUGUUACAAAAGUUUACAAAAAUGGCAAAGAAAACGGAGGAAUAGACGGUUGUUUGUUUGA